UUUGUUCCUGCAAAAAGAAACUAAAAGGAUUGGUGUAUGUUUCUGUUAACUUGUCUACAUGAGACACAACACUUGUUUCAUCUAGAAUUGGAGUAAAAUAUUUAGAAUCUUAUGAAGAUAUGAAAAUAUUCAUCAUUUGGUAUAGAAGAAUCCUAAUUCCUAAUUGCAUUAAACUUCCUCUGAACGCUUCAUGAGCUCUUUAAUAAUCACAUUUGGUUUCCCUUCCAAGUUUCAAAAAUGAAACAUUCGUCUUCUGUAGAUUCCUGGAGAAAUUUGAUAUUUUAAAAGUCUAAAGGAUGGUGUUGUUUAUCUUCAUGAAUGAAUCGUUUAUUACUCUGGUUUUGUGGAAUUCCAAAUCAGUCCAACUUUUUUCUUGUCCUUCCCCUGCUUUUAAGUUUUAUACUUAGAGAGAAUAAAACCAUUUUUCUAGGAGUAUAAGACUAUGUUUUUCCUUUUGGGGGGAGGAAAACAAGAAAAAAAAAUCUGCCUCCCAGCAUCCAUCUGGUAUUCAUCUGGCCCGUUUGGCAUGGCCCCUUCACCACUGCGGCUGUUUGAGAUCACUGGAAUAAAGGGAUUUCUGUCCCUUAGGCAGGCUUGAAAGAGUUAUUUGUUGGAGACUGUCAUUGCAACACGGAGUUGCAUGGACUCUUGCCAAAAGCUGGGGGAAAAAUAUGGUCCUGUCUUCAGUCUUUAUCUUGGAAGAACCCCUAUGGUUUUCACUCAUGGGUUUCCUUCAACCAAGGAGGUUCUUGUGGUAAAAGGCACAGAAUUUGCUGGGAGAGCAUCAUUUCCUAUAAUGGAUGUCCUCUGUAGGAAGAAAGCUUUACUGACAUUAACAUAUGGUGAAGCAUGGAAGGAGCAAAGAAGGUUUUCUUCAAUGCAUCUCAGAAACUUUGGAGUGGGCAGAAAAUCCAUGGAAGAAAAGAUCCUGGAGGAGGCAACUUGUUUGAUUCAAGCAUUCACUAAAAACAUGAAUGAGCCUUUUCAUCCUUAUGAAUUGCUGGAUGCUGCAGUUGCCAACAUAAUGUCUACCAUAUUAUUUGGAAAACAUUUUGAAUAUGAUGACAGCUUCCUCAAAACUUUGCUACAUAGGAUACAUCAAAAUUCCCGAAUAGCAGCAGGACCCUGGGCCUUGCUUUACAAUGAGGUGCCCUUAGUGAGAAGUCUUCCUCUGCCCCAUCAGGAAUUAUUCAGAGUUACGAAGAAAAUAAGAGCUUUCCUUCAACAAGAGAUUGACGAGCACAAGGCAACCAUGAUUCCAGGAGAACCUCGAGAUUUCACUGAUGCAUAUUUAGAAGAAAUGCAGAAGCCCGAGAGGAAAGGUUCAUAUUUUGGGGAAGAGCAGUUACUGAGCUUACAGUCUAACCUGUUUCUGGCUGGAACAGAGACGAUGGUGUCAACACUGCAGUGGGUAUUGCUCUAUUUGAUGGCCUUUCCAGAGAUCCAAGAGAAAUGCUGGAAGGAAAUAGACACGGUGGUGGGAAACAAGGCAAUCUUGAAGUACAAAGACAGAGAAAAGUUGCCCUACACCAACGCCGUCAUUCAUGAAAUCCAACGCGUUUCAAAUGUUGCUUCUUUUGGAAUACCUCAUGCCCCCAUAAAAGAUAUGCAGCUUUUUGGGUAUGAAAUCCCCAAGGACACCAUGGUUUUUGUCAACAUCCAGUCUGCCCAUCAUGAUGAAUCACAGUGGAAGUUUCCCAAUGAGUUCAACCCCUCCAACUUCCUGAAUGAAGCAGGAGAGUUUGUGAAGCCAGAAGCCUUUUUGGCAUUUUCAGCAGGACCGAGAGUCUGCUUAGGAGAAAACCUGGCUCGGAUGGAGCUCUUCCUCUUCUUCACCAGCAUUCUCAGGACCUUCCAGCUAUUGUGGCCAGAUAAAUCCCAAGCUCCAGAUUUCACACCACACUUUGGGGUUACACAAUCCCCAUCUCCCUUUACGGUGUUGCUGAAAUAUCGCCAGCCAAGUGGGUAGAUCAAAGUGAGGAUCUGCAAAGUAACCCAUUCAAGACAACCUCGUUCUCCCCAAAAAGCCAACAGCCAUUUCUACUUCAAAUUCACCACUUGGAAUAUGUCUACAAAUACAAUACAAUUUAAGGCCAAAUCAUUUAGAUAUUAUAACAAAGAAAUGAUCAGAUGAUCUUAUACACACACAUACAAACAUACCCACAAACUGCCACAUUUGUCUCCAGUGUUACAAGCUAUGAUUUAGAAGAAAUAAAUUUAUUAUUUAAGUCCUCCGAGAUUGGGCGGCCUAUAAAUUGAUUAAACAGUUAAACAGUUAA